AUGUGCUCGUCACGUGUCUCUCGUCUCCUACCUCUUCUCUUCUUCUUCUGUUGCUGGUCUUCUGCUUUUGCUCAAGACGCCAUCACCAAUCCCGUCGAAGUGAGGGCUCUGCGAGCAAUAAAAGACAGCUUAAACGACCCCGUUCGGAGACUGCGCAAUUGGAGGGGAGGAGAUCCGUGCAGUUCGAAUUGGACUGGUGUCCUCUGCUCCAAUUCCUCUCUUGAUGAUGGUUAUCUUCACGUCCAAGAACUGCAAUUGUUCAGUAUGAAUCUCUCAGGGAGCUUGUCACCGGAGCUUGGCCGGUUGACUCGUCUUACUAUCUUGGAUUUCAUGUGGAACAAGAUAACCGGAAGUAUACCCAAGGAAAUUGGGAAUAUCAAGUCUUUGGAACUCUUGCUAUUGAAUGGAAACCUUUUAACCGGAAACUUACCGGAGGAGCUUGGGUUUCUACCAAACUUGGACAGAAUACAGAUUGAUGAAAACCGUAUAUCAGGACCACUUCCCAAAUCGUUUGCGAAUUUAAACAAAACGAAGCACUUUCACAUGAACAAUAAUUCAAUCAGCGGGCAGAUACCACCCGAGCUUGGAAGCCUACCUUCCAUUGUUCACAUCCUUCUUGACAACAACAAUUUAUCUGGCUAUCUUCCUCCCGAGUUAUCAAACAUGCCAAAUUUGCUUAUCCUACAAUUAGAUAACAAUCACUUUGAUGGGACCACGAUUCCACCUUCUUACGGAAACAUGUCUAAACUUUUGAAAAUGAGUCUUAGGAAUUGCAGCUUGCAAGGGCCAAUGCCUGAUCUUAGCAGUAUCCCGAACCUUGGUUAUUUGGACCUAAGUCGAAAUCAGUUGAAUGGAUCUAUACCUACAGGGAAGCUUUCUGAUAGUAUCACAACCAUUGAUCUGUCAAAUAACAGUCUAACUGGAACCAUUCCCACAACUUUGUCAGGCCUUCCACGGCUUCAAAAGCUGUCGGUCGCAAACAAUGAUCUGAGUGGUUCCAUUCCCUCUAGCAUAUACCAGGACAGAGUCUUGAAUUCAACCGAGACUCUUAUCGUGGAUCUACGGAACAAUAGGUUUUCAAAUAUUUCUGGCAGAUCCGAUCCCCGCCCAAAUGUCACCAUCUGGCUUCAGGGGAAUCCGUUAUGCUCAGUUGGAAACCUGCUUCAGUUCUGUGGAGCUUUAACUGAGGAAGACAAGAAUCAGGGACCCACCAAUACAACUACAACUUGUUCUGACUGUCCACCGCCAUAUGAGUUUUCUCCAGAUACUCUUAGACGGUGCUUCUGUGCUGCUCCUCUGCUUGUUGGAUAUCGGCUGAAAAGUCCUGGUUUCUCGGAUUUUGUUCCUUACGUAUCCGAGUUCGAGCAAUACAUCACCUCUGGUCUUAGUUUGAAUCUGAAUCAGCUGCGCAUUGACUCAUUCCGGUGGCAAAAAGGACCUAGGCUUAGAAUGUACUUGAAGUUCUUCCCUGUUUUUGGUUCCAAUGCCAACAACUCUUUCAUAUUCAAUCGGAGCGAGGUUCGGCGAAUAAGGGGCAUGUUCACUGGAUGGAACAUCCGAGACGAAAAUCUGUUUGGUCCUUAUGAGCUUAUGAAUUUCACUUUGUUAGAUGUCUACAGAGAUGUGUUUCCUGAAGUUUCUUCGUCUGGUGUAAGUAAGGGUGCACUAGUGGGAAUCAUUCUUGGUUCCGUUGCAGCUGCGAUUACGCUAACCGCUAUUAUUGCCCUAAUCAUUUUGAGGAAACGUAUGAAAGGAUACACUGCGGUUACUAGGAGAAAGCGAUCUUCCAAGGCUUCUUUGAAAAUAGAAGGAGUAAAGAGCUUCACAUAUGCUGAGAUGGCUCUGGCUACGGACAACUUCAACAGCUCUACUCAAAUUGGGCAAGGAGGUUAUGGAAAGGUUUACAAAGGUACACUUGGAGAUGGAACGGUUGUGGCGAUUAAAAGAGCACAAGAGGGAUCACUGCAGGGUGAGAGAGAGUUCCUAACUGAAAUUGAGUUGUUGUCGAGAUUGCAUCACAGAAACCUUGUUGCUUUGCUUGGAUUCUGUGAUGAAGAAGGCGAGCAGAUGCUUGUUUAUGAGUACAUGGAAAAUGGUACUUUGCGAGACAACAUUUCUGUUAAGUUAGAAGAGCCGUUAGACUUUGCGAUGAGGAUGAGGAUUGCUCUAGGUUCAGCCAAGGGAAUCCUGUAUUUACACACAGAAGCUAAUCCGCCGAUAUUCCAUCGAGAUAUCAAAGCUAGCAACAUAUUGUUGGACUCAAGAUUCAUCGCAAAGGUUGCAGAUUUUGGACUCUCAAGACUUGCACCAGUACCUGAUAUGGAAGGCAUCUCACCUCAUCAUGUCUCUACUGUUGUAAAAGGAACUCCGGGUUACCUUGAUCCGGAAUAUUUCUUGACGCAUCAAUUGACUGAUAAAAGCGAUGUGUAUAGUUUAGGCGUAGUGUUCUUGGAGCUUUUGACAGGAAUGCAUCCAAUCACACAUGGAAAGAACAUAGUUCGAGAGGUCAACAUUGCUUACCAGUCUGGUUCGAUAUUAUCAGUCGUGGAUAAGAGAAUGAGCUCAGUUCCACCUGAAUGCAUUGAAAAGUUUGCAACUUUAGCGUUGCGUUGCUGCAGAGAGGAGACCGAUGCGAGGCCUUCAAUGGCGGAAGUUGUUAGAGAACUGGAGAUCAUAUGGGAACUGAUGCCUGAAUCUCACACAGCCAAAACAGCGUAUCCGUCUGAGACAACGAGUCAGCCAUCAUCAUCAUCAUCAAUCAUGAAGAAUCCGAAUCCUUAUACGUCAAUGGAUGUCUCUGGCUCUGACCUUGUCAGUGGAGUUGUUCCCUCCCUUGCACCUAGAUAG